AUGACAAGGGCUGGGGAUGUGGUUCUGCUGUUGCUCGCUUUGUCCGUGUCUCGCCCGGGCGCAGUCGGCGGCUACGGGAUGAGCCUGUUCGCAGCGCAGACCUCUCCCCCGGACCCCUGCUACGACGAGCACGGCAACCCGCGGCGCUGCAUCCCGGACUUCGUCAACUCCGCCUUCGGGAAGGAAGUAAGCGUGUCGAGCACCUGCGGCAAGACGCCCGGCCGCUACUGCGUGGUGACAUCCGCGGAGAAGGGAGACGAGAGGACCAGGAACUGUCACACCUGUGACGCGUCGGACCCCAAGAAGUAUCACCCGCCCGCGUAUCUGACGGAUCUCAACAACCCUCACAACCUCACCUGCUGGCAGUCCGAGAACUUCAUCCAGUUCCCGCUAAAUGUCACGCUUACCCUGUCCCUUGGCAAGAAGUUUGAAGUCACGUACGUGAGCCUCCAGUUCUGCUCCCCGCGUCCCGAGUCCAUGGCCAUAUACAAAUCCAUGGACAACGGGAAAACGUGGGUCGCCUUUCAGUUUUACUCCGCUCAGUGCAGGAAGAUGUACAACAAACCCAACAGGGCCGUUAUCACGAAACAGAACGAGCAGGAGGCCGUUUGCACGGACUCCCACACUGACAUGUACCCCCUGACCGGCGGCCUGAUCGCUUUCAGUACGCUGGACGGCAGACCGUCGGCGCACGACUUCGACAACUCCCCGGUGCUACAGGACUGGGUCACGGCCACGGACAUUAAGGUGAUCUUCAGUCGCCUGCACACGUUCGGCGACGAGAACGAAGACGACUCGGAGCUGGCCCGGGACUCCUACUUCUACGCCGUGUCGGACCUGCAGGUCGGAGGGAGAUGUAAAUGCAACGGACACGCGUCCCGGUGCGUAAAGGACCGCGACGGGAGCCUGGUGUGCGACUGUAAACACAACACCGCCGGGCCGGAGUGCGACAGGUGCAAACCUUUUCACUACGACAGACCGUGGCAAAGAGCCACAGCCAGGGAGGCCAACGAGUGCGUCGGUAAGUCCCAACAAGUGUGUGAUGCUGAGUGA